AUGGGAGAAAUGUUUCGAGGGAAAGAUAUGUCAUUAGGACAACUUAUUGUUCCAUCAAAUAUUGCUAUUGAAACUGUAGAAAGAAUUGGAAAAUUAGGAAUAAUUCAAUUUAUAGAUCUUAAUGAUAAUCUAGCAAGUUUUGAUAGAAGAUUUAUUAAUGAAAUUAAAAGAUGUGAAGAAAUAGAACGAAUUAUCAGACUAUUUGAAGAAACUAUUUCGUUUGAAGAAAGUAGAGAUGGUUUUAAUAAGGUAUUUAAAAGAAAUAGUUUGGCUGUAGACUUAUUACCAAUUGCAACAGCUGAUGCUCAACAAUCUGAAUUAAGUUCUGAACAACUAGUAUUAAAAAUAAGAACAUUUGAUAAUGAUCUUAAACAAUUAAGUUCUGAUGUUGUUUCAGCUGAACGUGCGGUUAGUGGAAUUCAUGAAGCUAUUUCAUUAGCUGAACAUAUUACUGAAUUAAUUGGCCAAGAUAUUGAUCAAAUGACAGCACAAUCAUUAAAGUAUCUGGUUGGGAUUAUAGAUACAUCUAAAUGGGAAUCAUUAAGAAUGGUUAUUUGGAGAGUGUCUCGUGGGUUUGUAGUUACAAGAUCAGCUCCAAUUGAUAAUAGAAGAACUGGAUUUGUUGUGUUUGUACAAGGAGAUGAAGUAUUAAAUAAAUUAAAUCAAAUAUGUUCAACGUCUUCAGCUAGAAUUUUUGAUUCAAUGCCAAUCGAUGUUAUUGAACGUAUAAAUUAUAUUAACGAAAAAGGACAAGAAUUAAAUGAACUGACAGAUGUAUUAAAUGGAGCAUUAGAAGCUAAAAGACAAUGCCUUCGUUUAAUUGCUAGUGAUAUUAAUAUUUGGAAUGAAGUUAUUGAAAGAGAACGUCAAGUUUAUUUUACUCUUAAUAUGUUUUAUGUUGAUGAAGGACAUUCUCAUUUAUGUGGAGAAGGAUGGUUUCCAACAGAUCAAUUUAAUGAAAUUAAUAGGGCAUUGGAAGAAAUAGAAGGACCAAUUAAACCAUUAUUUGGAGUUAUUCAACCACAUCCAAAUGCUAUUCCACCAACAUACAUUCCAACUACAUCGUUUAGUCAGUGUUCACAAGAUCUUUGUGACUCUUAUAGUAUUCCAAAAUAUGGAGAAGUUAAUCCAGGAUUUCUGUAUAUUAUUACAUUUCCAUUUUUAUUUGGAGUAAUGUUUGGGGAUAUAGGACAUGGUACUAUUGUAUUUUUAUUUGCUCUUGUAAUGAUUAUAUUCCAAAAGAAAAUUGAACUUACAAAAAGAAAUGAAAUAUUUGAUAUGUUGUUUGGAGCACGAUGGAUGAUUUUAUUAAUGGGAUUAUUUUCUAUUUAUUGUGGUGCUUUAUAUAAUGAAUUUUUUGGAAUUGCUAUUGAUUUAUUUGGAACGUCAUGGAAUAAAGAAAAUGGAUUAUUUUAUGAACGAAGUAACCCAAAUUAUGUUUAUCCAUUUGGUGUUGACCCAAUAUGGAAAUCAUCUAAUAACGAAUUAUAUUUUUACAAUUCAUUAAAAAUGAAAAUGUCAAUUCUUAUUGGAGUAGGGCACAUGACAAUAGGAAUUUGGAUUUCAUUGAUAAAUCAUAUUCAUUAUAAGAAUUUAAUAGAUGUAGUAUUUCAAUUUCUUCCAGAAAUAAUAUUUAUGAAAAUGUUCCAAAAUUUUGGAAUAGUAACAGAAUCAAAUCAUAUGUUUUGGGGACAAAGUUUUAUUGAACCAAUAUUAUUUAUAUUCACAAUAUUAUCAGUUAUUGCAAUGAUGAUUCCAAAACCAAUUCUUAUAUAUAUAUUAAAAAAGAAAGAUCAAAAAAGAAAUGAAAAUGGACAAGGUCAAGAUAAUUAUUACCAAGCAUUUAAUCAAGAAAAUAAUGAUUUUAUUACUGAAGAUAUGAGACAAGAAAAUAAUGACAUUCCUUAUCUUCCAAGUGAAAAUGAUGGAUAUAUUUUAACAAAUAAUAAUACUAUUGAAGAGUUACAAGAACAAUUUGAAAAUGGAGAUGGAAUGAGUUUAUUAGGAAAUGAAAAUAAAUCUAAUAAAAAAGAUAGUUUAUUGUCAGAUGAAUCAAAAUUUCCAAGAAUUCUUAAAUUAAUUAAGAAAAAGAAUCCAAAUUAUACAUUUAAUGAAAAAGAAUGGAUUAGAAUAAGAGAUGAUCCAGAUGAUGAAAAUGGUAAUAAUUUAUUAGAAAUUAUUAUUUUUAAUACUAUUCAUGCUGUUGAAUUUAUUCUUGGAUGUAUCUCUAAUACUGCUUCUUAUCUUCGUUUAUGGGCAUUGUCAUUAGCUCAUGCACAAUUAGGUUCUGUUUUCUUAGAAUAUGUAUUUUAUACUCUUCUUGAACUUAACAAUUUCUUCUUAACCUUUAUUGGCUUUGCUGUAUUUGCAUUAAUUACUCUUGGUAUUCUUAUUGGAAUGGAAUCUCUUUCUGCAUUCCUUCAUACAUUAAGACUUCAUUGGAUAGAAUUCCAAAACAAAUUUUAUCUUGGUGAUGGUGUUAAAUUUGUUCCUUUCCAAUUGUCUACAAAUAAUAAAUUAUUUAAUUAA